AUGUUGUUCUCGUUGACAGCAUGGGGUUGGGGAGGAGUUUAUUAUUCUUUUCUUUGUAGCAGCAGCAACUGCCUCGGUAACCAACCCAAAACAAAACUUCUUGAACCAAGAAACAGUUCCCUCCUUUUCUCUGUUCUCUGUGGCCUCAGAAGCCUACUUCUAGAAGAGCCUCAAUUCCCAUUGUUUCGGUCCAGAAUCAAGGCCUUCUUUUACGGCAAUUCCUCUUCUUCUGGUUCUUGUAAGUUCAGGUUCUUCAUGACUUGGAUUUCACCAUUGAAGGCAUUUGGUGUAAGAGAAUUGCUUUCCGUGGAGAGCAUGUUCAAGUCUCACCGUGAAGCUUGUUUGGUCAUAGUUUCAAAGUCAAUGGACUCUGACACAGGAACUCAGAUUCUGAAUCCUUUUGUGAAAAAAGGAUUCAGGGUCACUGCCAGUGCACCUGAUUUCAAAUACAUAUUCAAGGGAACUCAUGCUGAAUCAUGGUUUCAAAAGUUAAAGGAAGGGAAUGUGAACCCCGGUGAAGUUUUCUUGGGACAAAACCUCUCCAAUUUGCUUAGGCUUGCAUUGUUGUACAAGUUUGGAGGUGCAUACAUUGAGGCUGAUGUAGUGGUCUUGAAGAUCUUCUCCAAAUUAAGGAACACAAUUGGAGCUCUGAAUCUUGAUCCAAGAACUGGUGAAUGGAGUCGUUUGAACAAUGCAGUGUUGGUAUUUGACAAGAAGCACCCUUUGCUUUUCAAGUUCAUUCAAGAAUUUGCACUCACUUUUGAUGGGAAUAAAUGGGGUCAUAAUGGUCCUUACUUGAUUUUAAGGGUGGUUUCUAGGGUGAGAAGGAACCAGCAAGAAGGGUUUGAGAAAACCAAAGGCAUGGUUUCCAACGUAACAAGUCCCUUCUAUCUUUAAUUCCAAGUUACCUUGGCCUCAACUAAGACUAGGAAACUAUUCACUUUUUCUUAGCUUGUUAACAUUGUUGGAUUUCAAGCAGAAAACCGUUAUAAAUUCAUACUCAUCAUAGCCAUUGUUACUGUUUCACGAUUUCCUGCUAGAGUCAAAGUCAAGAAAGCAUUAGAUGUGUGUUUGUAAUAAAAACUUUUGUUUGAAAGGAGUUCUAUAUGAUUGUGCAGUCCAAGUGGUAAUGAUCCUGAAGAGUCAAGGAUACCACCUCCAAGAAAUUGAUUCAUUUGCAAGCAUAGGUUUAAAUUAUACAUGAUACUUUAAAGUUUAAUAGAGUAGCAAAUAAAUAAGUACCUCUUUAUCUGAUAGAAAAAUGCCUGACUCACUUUCAAGUUGUAAUGUUGAUUAAAAGAACCAAUGCACCAACAUAAAAGAAGUCAGAAAAAUACUCAAGAGGUUGCUAGGCAUUAUAAAUAAAAUUCGUGAGAUGCUGCUUAUCAGUUUUGGCAAGAAAACUAAGUGAAACUAUCUUGAAUCAGAAAGAUAGAAAGCAAUAAACUAUAGAAAAAAAAGGAAUUAAGUUUUGUGCUUUGUUAUUGAUCAUAAAAGAAGAAAUCAGAAUCAUAGCUUUCUCUCUACAAUGAAUUACACUAUACAUCAACUGGCCUCUCUCUAUUAUAUACUCUCCACAAAAAUUUAUGGUCCUAUCAUACAGUGUUAAAACUCACAAUAUAGGCACGGAUAAAAAGAAAGAAAGAAAGCACAUGCAGGAACAAAAAAUGAGACUUAAAUAAUUAAGUCUAAGUCGGUUAACAUCAAACGAAAAAUUUUCAAGCUCAGGGACCCUAGUUUGUUCAAAGGAAUUAGAUUAGCAUAUUAAGUAUUUUUUGGUCUGCUCUAUAUAGUUAGAAAUUAUUUUUAUUAUUUUAAAAGCAAAUUAAAGUUCCUCCACUCAUUUUACAAAGAAUAGCUAAAUAGUGACAUAAAGUCUUACUUGAGUUCUUAUAUUCUGUGCAAUCUGUACAAGGAGUAUAAUCACUUCCAAGAUAACUUAAAAAAACUAGGAACUUGGCUUUUUUUAAAUAAACAACUUUAAGAGUUGUAUACAAGAAAAUUGCCAACCAAAACCAGGAAGCAAACAGUGAAUACCAGAAAAGUUGUAUACAGUAAGUAAAAGAGAACAUGACCUGUUCAUUAUAGAACUCAAAACCGGUAAUGCUAAAUUGGUACUGAGAAGUAGCACUUGAAUCUGAGUUGGCUAAAUUAAAUAGCUCCUCAAAUCAACAAAAGAGAGUUUGUUGUAUGAGUUUUCACCGGUGAUCAAAUUGUUAUAAAAUAUGUGUAUUGUGACAAUCCUGAAAAUUGAGUAUGAUCCACUAUAAUUUUCUUUUUAUUCUUUUUGCACUUUUUCUAGUGAUAAAAUUUACUCAAUGCACCUAUUUUAUUUCAACUACCAUGUUCUAAGAUCACAAUUUUAGUCACAUGCUUCUCUGGUAACUUACCCACGUGAAAAGUGUUCUAUUUGAUAAGGUAAGGAUAACAAUGAUGUUAGAUAUUAGAUAAAUCUAUAUGAGAUAAUAAUAAGUGAAUUUUUUUUCGUUAUUUAUAAAGAUUAUAUAGAAUGUGAUGAAGGAUCCAUGAUGAAGGUUUAAAAGCUGCAGCAUUAACGUUUGGUAAAAUCAAAUUAAAAAUGACUUUUAAUAAGCACAAGCACUACAAUUAUGUUUGGUAAAAUAGAUUUUAAAACUUAAAAAAAUUAUAAUAAACAUGUUUAUAACAAAAAAUAAUUUAUUUUUUAAAAUUCUUUAAAAUUUUAUAUAAUGCAGAUAUCGAUGAUGCUUCUCGCCUCAAGAUAAGAACAAGAUAUCUAUUAAUCAAAAUGAAGCUAGAGCAGAACCUUAUUGAUGCUUACUCUGGAGAAAGUUGGAAAGGCCAGAGUAGAGAAAAGAUUAGGCCAGAAAAGGAGCUACAAAGAGCACGAAAGCAGAUUUUAAAAUGUAAACUUAGUAUUCGUGAUGCUAUUCACCAGUUGGAUUCUCUUAGUUCGUUGAAUAGCAGCGAAAAUUCUGUCAUUGUUCCAGAUGGAUCUAACUGCCAUGAAUAUGUGAGCAAACAAAAACUGUGAAAAGAUUCAAUUUGUAAUGUUCAAGCAUUUUGUGUUCAUUUAUAGACUCAUGAGCAUGUUUAUCACCU